AUGUGUAUCCAGUAUUAAAUUAAUUGGUGAGUUUGAAGGUACUUGUUAUUAUAAAAUCAUAGCAAACAAGAACAAAAAGAAGAUAAAGAGGAAGAGGCAGAAGAAAAAGAAGAAGAAAUUUUAUUAUAUUUUGACAUAUUCACCGUGAAUAUGUCGCAGAAAAAAACUAUCAAGGAUGAGGAGAGAUCUCAAGCACCCGAUGGUGGCUGGGGGUGGUUUGUUUGCCUUGGCAGCAGCCUUAUUACGCUGUCACUGAGGUCACUUGAACCUUCAUUUGGUCUUAUAUUUCAUGAUUUAUUGACAGAUUUAAAAAUUGAUUCUACUAAAAUGUCAACGUUUCCUAGUGUUUUUGAUGCAUGUGCAAAUUUUUCAGGUAUUUUUGUGGGGCCAUUAUUGAACAAAUUUUCGUUUAGAAAAGUUGCGGCAGUUGGAGCUGUACUUUGUUGUACUGGAUUGACACUUACGUCAUUUGCUAACAGUUUUACACAUAUUCUCAUUACUUACAGUAUUCUAAAUGGUAUAGGAAAUGGGUUGGCAAUUGCAUCAUCAUUCAUAGCAUUGAAUAUAUACUUUGAUAAGAAACGUGGUCAAGCUGUCAGUUAUUCUUCUGCUGGUACAGCCAUCGCAAUGAUGAUCGUUCCACAAGCAGGUCAUUUCCUACUUGGGCUCUAUGGAUUCAGAGGAACCAUGAUGAUAAUUGGCGCCUGGACAAUGCAUUCUAUUGUCGGAGCUUGUUUAUUACGACCUCUUGAAACCAAAACCUGUAAAAAAAUUUCAAUUGUCAAAAUUGAAACAAAUAAAAAAAUUUGCGAUGAAACUGAGCUGCCGCUAAUGGAAAAAACUGAGGCAGAAAAAAAUUUAAAUGAAUCUCUUAAUAAAUUAGAUAAUAAACAAGACCAAAAAUGUUUGACUUUUUUAAAAACAUUUACUGAUAUAUUUAAUUUAGAUUUAUUAAAUAAUUACUCAUAUUUAAAUGUCAUUUUUGGGCUAAGUCUAUUUGCUGUUUCUGAAGUUAAUUUUAAAUUAGUGACGCCAUUUUUUUUACGUGAUACUAUUGGAAUGUCUGAAGCUGAAGUUGCAUUUUGUUUAUCACUGACAGCGUUUACGGAUAUUUUGUCUCGAUUAUUAUUGCCUAUUAUUUAUGACAAAUUUGGAUUUAAAAAAAGACGUCUGUUUUGGGUAAAUGUACUGUGUCUCGCUAUUGGUAGAUCUAUUUUUGCCGAACGUACAAAAGGUAUCUGGCUCUAUGCAAUCCUGGUGAUAAAUGGGUUCAUCCGAGGAGCUGUGAUACAAAAUUUGAAUCUCUCAGUCUCGGAAACAUGUUCACUCAAGAUUUUGCCGCAUGCAUAUGGAUUUUAUAUGGUAUCAAAAGGGAUCUUUUCACUAGUAUUCAGCCCGAUCGUUGGAUACAUUCGGGACUACAGUGGCAGUUAUAGAAUUUGUUUACACUCAAUGAAUUCAUUAAUUGUUGUAUGUUUCAUUAACUGGGGCAUUGAGUUUGCAUGGGAAGCCAUCAAGAGUAGAAGAACAAAUCAAGAAAAAAAUGAA